AUGUCCCGCAAUGGAUCGUUUCGUCCUCGCAUUCGCCGCGUCGUUCGCCGCAUCCACAAUGGAUCGUUGCGUGCUCGCAUUCUGCAAGCGCAACAAAAUCGAUCGUUGCGCGCUCCUAUUAGGAUCCGAGAAUCAGCAUUGCGCGCAAUUCAGGAGACUUUUGACGCCUACAUUGUUGGGAUGUUGGAGGAAGCCAUCAACCAGGGUGAAGGUGAAGGGACCGAUGGAAACACAGGCAGCACACUCUGA